AUGGAUGAGCGCGAGGGUUCACAGCCGAGUUCUAUGUGGGCGGAUCGAUACGCUCCUACGACAAUAGCAGAUCUGGCACCUUCCAAGACGAGGAUCAGUCAGGUCAAAUCUUGGUUGGAAGAAGCGCUAUAUGGGCGUCCGGCAGGGCUGGAUGUCGGUGUGAAUUUCAGCAAGCAGGCAGCCGAGCGAGUGAGAAAGUAUCGACGCAUACUGCUCUUGACCGGUCCGGCGGGUGUCGGCAAGUCGACCAGCGUCCGAGCUAUCGCUGGAGAGAUGGGCGUCGAGGUGAUAGAAUGGAACGAGGGUUUUGAAGAUUGGGGAUUUCGGGGAGAUGUAGAGAGAGAAAGUCUGACCAGCAAGCUCAUCACGUUUCUGUCGAGAAAUUCCUACUCGUCUCUUCCCAUCGCCGGAAUCGAGGACAGUCGUCCUUCCAUGUCAAGUCAAACCCCAGCCACGGGUUCCACGACAUAUCCGCGGCUACUGCUCAUCACGUCAUUGCCGAACCUGUCUCACUAUCCGACACGUCAAGCAUUUCAUGGCGCAUUGCUAGAUUUCACUCGGGAUUACAGUUCGAAUAGCUCGCCUUUAGUUGUGGUCAUACCCGACGUCGGACAUAGUGGCGCGGCCGAAGAGCCAUGGAGCGCCAGAGGUGGAGCCGACAGCUCGAGCGACGGGGCGUGGGAUUUGAAGAGCGUCGUUGGCGAGGCAGUCCUGGCUAGUCCCGCCGUAACGACGAUCGACUUCCUGUCGAUGGCACCUACCUUUAUCACCAAAGCUCUCAAGCGAGUCCUGGGCCUUGCCAUUCCGAUCGCUUCAGAUCGACCUUCCAACGACGUAGUGCAGCUCAUCGCUCAGACCUCGAACGGGGAUUUGAGAAGCGCCGUGAAUUCGCUCGAAAUGUUGAUGAAGACCAGCUCUGCGGCCUUGACAAGUGCUGUAUCUGGGAAGACCGCUCUUCCGAAGAAGGGGAAAGGCAGUCGCGGUGGCGGAAAGGGGAAGGUUUCGGGAUCGAAGGAGAUGCAGAUCUUGUUGAAUCAGAUCGCCCGCCGAGAACAGAGUUUGGGCUUGUUUCACGCGCUCGGCAAGGUCCUGUAUAAUAAACGGAUCGGCGAGACGAGUGAGGAUGGCGAUGACGACGGUCUAGCGAGAGCCAAGGAGGCGGAAUAUCUGGCGACGAAUCCGCUGCCGAAUCAUUUACGUCGACAUUCUCGGCCGCGAUACGAGAACGAUUUCGAGGAACUGUUGAGCACGGCACCUGUUGACACGGCGACGUUUAUGCUAUGGAUCCACCAGAAUAUGCCACAGUUCUGUGCGGAUAUUGAUGAGCUUGACGAAUGUCUCGAAGCGAUAUGUGAUGCCGAUCGGAUGAAGACCGACGACGAUCUAUGGCAACGAUCGUCACAAGCCAUCGCUUAUGCCUUUCACGUCGCCGUUCGGGGGGUCGUAGCUGGUCUGCCAGCGCCCGUACCCAAAAACCAUCAGAAGAUGUUCAAACCCGACUUUUUCCGAUGGAUCAAGUCUGGCAAACUCAACCAAGCGACCCUCGCCGAUAUAACUCGCUGGCUGGCUCGAGCAGGAGAGUCGGCACAGCCACGUGAUAGCCUGGACGGCAUGUGGGAACCGGCCGACAACCAGGAAGAUGUCUCGACCAAUACGUAUCGCGGGCAGCGAUCGAAUGCGGUCCUGGCUACCGAGUUUUUGCCUAUGAUACGUCUGUUGAAACGACGAGGACAUGGCAAGUCGACUGGUACUGCGCGCCUCGUCGCACCGCCAAAUAUGAAACGCUAA